GACUCAUAGUCAACAGUAAACUGGUCCGAACACGAACCAAAGUCAACACAAAGGCUAAAAACUUAACUGCACACGUAACUUACUUAUCAUUCCUUUACAGCGAGUUGUUCAACAGGUGCUUGGAACAGAAAAGCAGUCCUUCGAGCUUAGAGCGAGAUCGUGAAUCGAAGAACAAAGAAAUGGCCUUCAUUUCACAUAAAGUCUCUGUGAUGUCCUUGUUGUCCCUGUCUGCGAUGUUUUUGUUGAUUUACUGUGUCACAGCAAACAACAAAACCAAUCAACCAUCGUACAAAAUGCAGCCUCCUCCUGUGUAUUAUGGUGGUAUACCUGGUAUGCACGGCAAGCCUGGUUCUCCUGGGGCACCAGGUCGGGAUGGCCGUGAUGGUCGUGACGGAGCCAAAGGUGACCAGGGCAGCCCGGGAAAGACUGGACCCCAGGGACCUCCAGGAACUCCUGGUAUCAGUGGAAAGAAUGGCGCUAAAGGAGAACCUGGAGUCCAGGGCCCUCCCGGCCAAAAGGGGCAGCGUGGAGAGAGAGGAACAAGUGGAAUCCCUGGGACUCCUGGUGUGAUGGAUUACAGGAACUGGAAAGAAUGCGCGUGGAAACUGAGUGAGGACAAAGACCACGGCCUGAUCAAGGAGUGUUUGUUCACCAAGAACGUCUCUGACACAUCCCUCCAUGUUUACUGGACUGGCGUUCUAAGAGUCUACAACUGUGACAACUGCUUGCUUAUGCAGGAAUGGAUUUUUUGCUUCGAGAUCUAA